ACUCAGAAAAUAUUCAUUCACCGUUUUAUUUUGCUAAACUGAAACUGUAUAAAGAGCGUAGAAUUUAGUGAAGAAACAGAAAAUAUUUAUAUUAUUAUUUUCUCACCGGUCUCUCUGCAUAUAGUCAGGGAUGGACUCGUCUAUGACUAGACUUGUAGUUCUACUCCGGCUGCCUGAGAUCACUCCUCUAUAUGAAAAUAUCAGAUGAACAAUACUCAUGAGUAUUUUGUCAAAAGUUAUAUGAGUACUCAACAAUACCCAAGCAUGAGUACUCAAAGUCGUACCACAGUACUCGUUACUCACUCAUCACAUAUUUUUACUCAUGUGAGUACUCAAUGAGUAAUAAAAUAUGUGUGAGUACUCAUGAGUACUUGGGACAUUUUUCAGCAGAGUAGACUUAGAGUAUUCACAUUUGAGUACACUCACUAAGGAGGUAGACUCCAUCUGUGAUGAACAAAUCUAUACAUCGCGAACGUUCGUUCGAACAGGAACUUUUUCAGUGACUUUGAGACCGACACUGCAAAUACGCCGCUUCACUGUACUGGGCUCUUACUUUUUUGAAUUAACGACAACGGUGUCGAUGACUAAUGGUGACAUCUGAUUAUCAGUUCUCUCGACUGUAAGUUAACAAUGGCAGUCGACAUAGUAAAGCUCGACCAUUUGGAAAUGCGUGUCUAAGCUAUUGCAGCAGCUGUACGAAACAGAGCUUAAUGACUCAAUCAUUUGUUUGUGCACACAUGUUAUUUAUUCAUCCAUCAUUGCGUGUUCUUUACCACAAUAAAACUAUGAAGAAAAGAGCGAUUCCUAAGUAUUUCUGGUACUUCCUUUUUAGACGAAGCUAGCUCACUUAUGAAGUUCUCCACUAGAGACUGUAUUUAGUUCAAGUGUUUGAUUACUUAAUGAACACUUGGAAAAACUGACUAGUAUUUUCAAAAAUCCUACCUUGCUAAGUACUUGCAAUGCUUGGUUAAGUAUUGCUAAGUAUUUUUCGUGUAGAGGUCUGGUAAAUUUUUGAAAAAGCGCAGAAUUUUUAUUUUUUUUCAAUUGUUGGUUCAAUGAAAGAAACUCUUAUAAAGCCUCUUAUUGCUUCUCGAAGUAUUCCAAGAUUAACAAAAACUUUCAUCUCAAUCGGUUUUAAAUUACAUUGUUUUGCUUGUUUUAGAAUGCUUUUGCUGAAUAAAUGAAUAAUACGACAUAUUUAUAAAAAUUCGAUUGCUGAUCAAUCGCAACUCAUUAGAAAAUGACAAAUAGUUUAGAGAGUUAUAAAAGUAUCUUUCUCGAUAUAACAUUUAGAGAUUUUUGGACUGUUUUCUCUAUAAUAAGAAAUGAAAAUAAUUUUCAAGAACGCGAAAAAUGUAUGAAUGAAUUAAUAUGUUUUUGGUCUCGACAAGCAUCGUGUCCGAAGCAUUCACCAACAUCGUACUAUUUACCGAUACUAUGUGUUCGAACCGGGUUUGAUUUAUUUUUACGUGUAAAUAAUUUUCCAUCGAAUAGUGAAAUAAUUAUGUCGGCUGUAAACAUUCCAUCUAUGGUUACUCUUGUUCAAUAUCAUCAGCUGACCGUUAUACCCUGUGAUAUCGAUUUAAAUUCAACCGGUUUAACUGUAGAAAAUAUCGAAAAAUUAAUAACAGACCGAACAGUUGCUAUUGUAUUUGCUCAUAUUUAUGGACGAUGUUAUGACGUAUCGGAGUUAAUUGAUUUAGCUGAAAAAUAUAAUCUCUACUUUAUCGAAGAUUGUGCAGAAAGUUUUUCCGGUUUUUGUUCGUGUAAUAUGCAGCGACAAGAACAAUUAGAUAAUAAAACAAGUAACAACCAUCAAACGCAACCGCCAUCUCAGCAGCGAUCAUCAUCGAUAGACACAGGGAUACGGACAUCCAGUAACAAUGAAUUAAACCAUGUAAAGUUAUGUUAUCUUGGUCAUCCUCGUUCACAUCUAACAUUAUUUAGUUUUGGUGUAUUAAAAUUUUGUACCGCUCUAGGUGGCGGUUUAUCAAAAAUUUCUAAUUAUGAUUUAUAUAUGAGAAUGAAAACAUUGUAUGAGAAAGACCCCGUGCAGGUUACUCAGCAAUAUUAUCUAAAUGUUGAAAAGUAUCUUUAUUUAUAUUGGAUACUAAAUGCACCAUAUGUCACACAAUUAGUGAUGUUUAUUGUCCGAUUAUUUCAACUCAAUCACAUGGAAAUUGUUGUUGAGCGUUUAAGAGCAUUUUCAAAAGCACAAUCAGUCGAACAAUUUUUCUCAUCUAUUCGACGUCAACCAUGUAAAUCAUUACUAAUAUUUUUAUUAAAACGUUUUCAAUCGUACGAUUAUGAAUUAAUUAAUAUUCAACGUCAAAAAGCAUUAUAUGUAGUCAAACAAUUAACACAAUCAAAUUCUUUAAAAUUUAUUGGAAUAAAUUCGUCCGUUCAAAAUUUUUGGUUAUUUCCUAUUAUUGUUGAAAAACCAGAUUUAUUUGUUAAACUAUUAUCAAAAUCACAUAUUGAUGCAUAUCGUGGCACCACGCAAUUAAAUGUUAUUACUAAACAACUAACAGACACGUCUAUCGUUUUAAAAAAUUCUAAUGAAACUAUACCAACAAACAUUGGCGAACAACAAAUGUAUGCUUGUCCAACAGCCGAAUAUUUAAUUGAUCAUGUCAUAUAUUUACCUGUCCAUCGCCUUGUACCUUAUAACGUGUUAGAUCAAUUGAUUGCCGUUGUCAAUGAUACGGCUAAAAAGAUUGAUCAGUAUGCAAUAAAGUCAAAAUUGUAG